GUGGCUUUAACGACGCCUUCUAAUUAUUUAAAGUCGGCUUGGCUUUUGGGAGCAAUAAUUAACCAAAUAAUCUGUUGAGUACUCAGUAUUAAUUAUUUAGGACUUCACACGAGAGGUUAAUUAUUCUUCAAUUAAUUAAUUACGCCAUGCCGACCAAUUAACUUUUAACAACAAUGAUACGAGAUUAGGCUUGUGAUUUUUCUUAGCAGUCUAUAUAAAUACCCUUAGACAUUGUCACUUCUGUUUGGAGAAAUCUGCCAGUAAAAUGCUAAAAUUCAGCGUGUCACAGCGACAGCUCCCUCUUCAUUACUUACGACAGACCAUGACACACAUGUCUACGAGUCCACAGACCAGAAACAUGGAGAGUCGUAAAGAGAGGAACAACACCACCAUUUCUUCUUCAUAUUGUGAAAUAUAUCAACAAAGUCCACGAAAAUCUGCCGUGGUUUUGUGGAGAAACUCUCCGACUCCGAGGAAAAAGUUGAGCCCGACGAAGAGGAAGUCCGGCCUGAUCCAACCGGAAGUGACCCCCCGAAGGAGGAGUCCCCCGAAGCGAUCGGAGACGAUUCAGAUGAAGGUGUGGAGCAGCCAGUUACACCGACUGAAGAGGAAGACGGAGUCACUCAGAAAGAAGGACAAUGAAAUCAAAGAGAAAUAUAUGGAGAUUAGACGGAGAGCGAAGCGUGUGAUUUCUGACACUGGAUUCCCUCUCAUGGACAGCGAAGAUGACGCAACUCCAAUAAAAAGAGCGAAACUGUCCACCUCCGUAAACGACAGGGCCGACAGAAAACUAACCAAAGACAUUAAAAGGGAAUUCUCAACAAAACUACAGGCAUAUAAACUUCCGUGGGCUUAUGAAGAUCCCUGUUUCUUGCCUACAAAAGUGAAACGUGUGUCGGAGGAAAUAACGGAAGUGAACCAGAUGUAUUCGUCGCACCUGUUGGACGUCCCUAGGAGGCGAUAUAAAAUGCCACAGAAACGCCACUGGUCGGGAUCCGACAUUCCAACCGGAAGCGGAAAUGGCGACUCAUCCAUAUUUCCUAUUCCCUUCCCGAGGACUUUCCUGAAACAUGGAAAAAAGUGCACCAACUGCUGA